UUUACGUUUACCAUUUAAUUUCAUUGAUUUAAUAUUUAAUUGAUGGUGCAGUAGAUUAUUUUAUUGGAUUUACAUUGAUUUUGCAAUAAGGUUCAAAUUUAAAGCCCAUGAAUACUGGAUAAGUGGGCUACCCAGCCCAACUAACAAUUUCAAUUUUCAACCGUUAAAUCCAAUGCACAAAAAAGUAAAAACAAAACCCUAGUUUUCCUUCCACCGUUUGCAGAAAUUUGCAAUCCCUAAUUAGUAAAAAAAUUGCAUUCCCCUGAAAAUCGUCAUGGCGAAGAGGGACAAGAGAAAAUCAGCAAAAUUUGAGAUCGAAGAGCAAGAUUCGGGGCCGUUAGAUUCAAAACCAUUGAUGGUAUUAAGCAGCAGUGACGACGAGGAAGCUAAUGAAGACCUAAGCUUGAAGAUCAUCGAGAAAGCACUAUUGGUUAAAGCGGCGAGGUUGAAUGAAGGGAACGAUUCCGUUUCGGAUGAUCAAGAAGUCGUCUCUGUGGUGGAUUUGUCCUCUUCAUCUUCUCAUGACGGAGUCGACGUAGCUCGUACCAGUGGCGGUGGUGAAGACACGGAUUUGGAUUUGAAAAGUAAGAAGAUUGUUAAAAGGGAAAAGAAGAAAACGAAAAUCGAAAAGUUCACCAUUACAGAGGAUGUAGAUAAAGCUGAGAUGAUAGAGAAGGUUGACACAGUUGAGGAGGCUCUGAUGUCUAAGGCUGCAGAGGCAGUUGAAUCUCUUGACCCAAAUACUGUAGACAUAUCUGACAAUAUUGUGCUCCGGAAGCUUCUUCGGGGCCCGAGGUACUUUGAUCCUCCAGAUAGUGGUUGGGAAACAUGCUAUAAUUGUGGCGAAGAAGGGCAUAUGGCAGUGAACUGUAAAUCUGCUUCAAAGCGGAAGAAAUCAUGCUUUCUUUGUGGGAGUUUGGAUCAUGGUGCUAGACAGUGCUCAAAGGCACAAGAUUGCUUCAUCUGCAAAAAAAGUGGUCACCGCGCAAAAGAUUGUCCAGACAAACACAAGAGUAGUUUUAAUCAUGGUAGAAUUUGUUUAAGAUGUGGUGUUUCUGGGCAUGACAUGUUUUCAUGCAGGAAUGACUAUUCCCAUGAUGAUAUCAAGGAAAUACAGUGCUAUAUCUGCAAGAGUUUUGGCCAUUUAUGUUGCGUUAACUUUGUUGAUACCAGUGCAAGAGAAGUUUCUUGUUACAGAUGUGGCCAACUGGGUCAUACUGGUUUGUCAUGUGGUAGGUCACUUGGAGAAGCCAAGGAAACCACUGAUAAUGGGUCACCUAGCUUAUGCUAUAAGUGUGGUGAAGGAGGACACUUUGCACGUGAAUGCCCCACUGGUACUGCAUCAUCAGGCUUAUGCUAUAAGUGUGGAGAAGGAGGACACUUUGCUCGUGAAUGCAGUUCCCUUAAGGUUGGUAAAAGAAAUCAUGAAUCAUCUACUCCAAAUGUAAGACCUCAUAGAGAAAAUAAAGAGUUCUCGGGAUACAAGUCUGCUCCUCAUGAUCAUGGCAAGAGCCCCAAAAGGAAAAUAAUCCAGUUUGAAGAAAAAGGCUUUACUACACCACAAAAAGAAAAACAAAGAGGUGGUUGGAUUAAAGAGGAUCCUAGAGAUUUCUCCAAUAGGAAGUCCACAAGGAACCAUUGGAAUUCUCCCUCAACGCCAUCUAUUGAGGGACAUAAGAAGUUGUAUUUAACUUCUGGCGGCAGUCGUAUAGUAGGUUCGCAAUCUUCUAAACCAAAGAAUUCUCGUAGAUUUUCGGCAUCAAGGUUUAGCAAUUUUGGCAAUGAUGAACCAAGGAGGAUUUACAAUUGGUGGUAGAAUAUAUGUUUGUCUUUGUUUAACUUAUUUAAUCACUUUGUUUCUUCCUUCUUGUUCUAGUCUUCUUAAUGCUCAUAGGGCUUCAUUUUAGCCGGUAAGAUAAAUUAGAAACACAUGCAAUUUUUGUGGAUAUAAAAAAGGAAAGAUCACAUGCUCAUGCUCAGUUUUGGGGUUUAUUUUCUUGUUCCCCUUCCCUAUUAACACAUUAACUUUUCAUUUUUGAUAUAUGUUGCAUGUUUAUCUUUCUAAUUAGAGACGGUGAUAACCGGCAUAUUUGAACGCUUAUGCCAUGUAUUUUUCUAGUUCAGAGAUAAGAUUUAUCUGGUUGUUGUUAUGCUCAAACUUUCCAAUGUGGAAUUGUGAACAGGUAUUAAACAUGUACUAGGUAGAAGUAUCCGUCAGUUGGGCUACAAAAUCUGCAUCUGAUCUCUAUAUCUGUUCUGCCAAAAAAAAAAAAAA